GAGUGUGUGUGUGUGUGAGUGUGUGUGUGUGAGAGAGAGAGAGAGAGAGAGAGCGAGAGAGAGAGUGACCGCGCUCGCGCGCAAAGGUGUGCCGCCCUGAAACGUGCGUGACGUCAUCGCCUACCUGAGUUUCGGGAAGAGUCGAAAGCAGCGAAAACAGAAACGCGGCGGCUCCGACUGUUCAGCUCCGAAACCCCCCAGAACCCCUUCAGACCCCGCUCAGACCCGCGCGCGCCGCUCUGUCAGUGCCUGGACUAGUGUUGUGCGGUCGGUGCGCGCGCGGUGAGCGGCUCCACCGAGACUUUAACUCCGACUGGAAGUUUGUGAGCGGCUUCCGGCUCGCGCUGCAGAGAUGUCGGUGCACCCCCGGCGUGUGCGGCUGAAGCCCUGGCUGGUGGCUCAGAUAGAUAACGGGACGUUCCCGGGUUUGGUGUGGUUGGACCGCGAAGCCAAACGCUUCCAGAUCCCGUGGAAACACGCCACGCGGCACACGGCCCAACAGGAAGAGGAGAACACCAUCUUCAAGGCAUGGGCCGUGGAGACGGGGAAGUUUCAGGAGGGAGUUGAUGAACCUGAUCCGGCGAAGUGGAAAGCUCAGCUGCGCUGCGCCCUCAACAAGAGCCGGGAGUUUAACCUCAUCUAUGACGGCACCAAGGAGGUUCCCAUGAACCCCCUGAAGAUCUACGACGUGUGUGACAUCCCUCAGCCUCUCAGCAACCCCGGUUCUACAGGUUCAGCUCCUGCGUAUGAUUCUGAUGGUGAGGAUGAUGAUGUGCCAGAUACACCAGAACCCCCACCACCUCCAUACCACCCGCCAGUGAGCAGCUCCCCUCUGGCCCCCCCAGUUUGGACCCCCCCAGGCUCUGUGUCACCCAUGCAGCCUCCCAGCUGCACCCCGGCCCCUCCGGAGGUGUGGCCUAAGAAGGAGCCGAUGGACAUAGAGAUGGACGUUCAGCCGGCCGGCACGGAGCCGCAGCCCAUUUCAGCCAUACCGGACACGCUGUUCACCACCCCGGAGACCUGGAUCAGCUCCCUGCCCAUGACGGAUCUGGAGGUGCAGUUUUAUUACCGUGGUAAGGAGAUGUGUCCAGCGAUGACGGUCAGUAACCCUCAGGGUUGCCGGCUGUUCUACGGUGAUCUGGGUCCGAUGGUGAAUCAGGAGGAGCUGUUUGGGCCGAUUUCUCUCGAGCAGCUCCGCUUUCCCUCCACCGAUCAAAUCAACAACGACAAGCAGCGCCUCUUCACCAACCGCUUGCUGGACGUCAUGGACCGCGGCCUCAUCCUGGAGGUCAGCGGACACGACAUCUACGCCGUCCGGCUGUGUCAGUGUAAGGUGUACUGGUCUGGACCCUGCGCCCCCAACCCCAACGCCCCAAACCUCAUCGAACGCCAGCGCAAGGUCAAACUCUUCUGCCUGGAGACCUUCCUCAGCGGUGUGAUUGCGCACCAGCGUGGUCAGUCUCCUGCCCUUCCUCAGUUUGAUAUCCACCUGUGUUUCGGAGAGGAGUGGCCAGACGGCCGGCCGAGAGAGAGGAAGCUCAUCAUGGUGCAGGUGAUCCCGGUGGUGGCUCGGAUCAUCUGUGAGAUGUUCUCCGGUGACGGCACGCGCUCGUUCGACAGCAGCAGCGUCCGCCUGCAGAUCUCCGUCCCCGACAUCAAAGACAACAUCGUCACGCAGCUGAAGCAGCUCUACCGCCUCCUACAGACGCACCAGGGACACGACACCUGGCCCCUCCCCCCGGGGGCCAACGUCCACCUGCCCACCGCCCUGCACGCUCAGUAACAGACUCUGAGGAGUGCUCCGUUACUGCAGCGAGGGGCAGUUGUGUAGCAUUAAGAAUAACUAGAUUAUUAUAGAUUAAACUGCCCGUAAACUACAUACUGCUUGUUUUUUCUCUUAUAACAUUUUUACAUCAUACUUCAUUUUUAUGUGACUCUCUUUAUCCCUUAGAUGUACACAAGCUGCACCUAUGAAACCUUCUAUGCAAAUGAGCUCUGUUCUGACUGGCUGCCCUGCAUGCCUCUUUAGGAAGCAGUCAGAACUUCAGCAUAACUAAACUGAUGGAUGCGGGAUGGGCGGGGCUAAACUCGUGUGGGCAGAGUGGGUGGGCUUAUGUAAACGAGUUGGUCACAAAAACAGUAAUUUCCAAAUUUUGCCGUUUAGUUUCACAUUUUGAGUUUAUAUACUUUCAAAAGUCUUAUUUAACAAAAGCAACGAUGUGAUCUUAAAACAUUAAUUAGCUCGUUACAGUGAAACCUCAGCAGUCGUGCUGUUCUCACCGAUCUGGAUGGCCGGUCAAAGUCUCUCCUGCAGCCGAGCUUUCAGCCCAUUAAUGAUUGAUGAAGAGUUUGUGUUGUUGCCGCGUCGCUGAAGCAGAGCAGUGAAAUAUUCAUAUAUUCCAUAAACUCGUUUCCCCUGAGCUGUAAACUCACUGCAGCUGCACGAUGUGGAGUAAACAUCAUAUUUCUACACACUGCGGUUAUGAUCCACACUUAAUAACGAAAUUCAAGGGUUCUUUGUGUUGUAAAAGGGUUCUUCUGAUAGAACAUGUGCUGUAGAUGGUUCUAUAUAGAAAGAGUUUUAUAUAGCGCCAAAAAGGGUUCUUCUACUGUUACAAGCCUGACAUUGAAACACUCGCAGAAAACGUUUAGAAGCAUCUGCAGCACAUUCUCAAAGAGUCUGAAAAACCCCUUCAUGACGCAAAGAACCCUUCAAUCAUGCAGUGUUCUUUGAGUGCUCAUGGUUCUAUAUAGAACCGUUUUCCUUACUGAAGAACCCUUGAAGAACCAUCUUUUGUAGGGUGUAUAGUUUGGAAUAUAUUUAAAACACUUCAGUAAAUCCUCCUUGUGGUCUGUUUAAGACUGACCGCUUUGUUGUGGCCUAAAUUGUUUCUGUUUGUUGGUUAUUCAGACGUCAGAACACGAAAUAACGACUCAUUUGCAUAUUUGACUGGCUAAUACUGUAAUAAGGGUGAGCAGCCUGUACAUCAUGCAGCUCAGACGCUGAGGCUUUUAGGGGUCAGUAGAGCGCGGGCGGUGAUUCUCUGGACAUUCACUGUUAAUCACAUGCUGAUAGACUCCUGCGGUGAUGUAAUCUCCUAAACAUGUAUCUGUACAUAUAGACUAUAUAAAGUGUAGAUCAGAGUUUUGCUGUAGUGUUUCUGUAUUUUGGGGGCUGCUGUACUGUUUUAAGUUUAGGCUCAGCUUUAAUUUUGUUCUUCUCAUGUCGUGUGAUAUGAUUUAGUCUGUUUGCUUUUAUAAAUAAAAUUAUAAUAAAGUUACCUCCUCCUUUUUUCAUCUGA